CCGGAACUCGGAAAGACGUGUUUGCGCCUUUCGCUGUCAAAGAAGGAAGGAGCAUUGAGUCACAGCUAAACGCCGCAUUAAAUAUAAGAUGGCAGGACUUCCCCGGAGGAUCAUUAAGGAAACUCAGCGCUUGAUGGCAGAGCCCGUCCCAGGCAUCAAGGCAGAACCUGACGAAGGGAACGCCCGCUACUUCCAUGUGGUCAUAGCCGGACCACAGGACUCACCCUUCGAAGGCGGCACGUUUAAACUUGAACUUUUUCUCCCUGAGGAAUACCCCAUGGCAGCUCCAAAAGUACGCUUUAUGACCAAAAUAUACCACCCAAACGUAGACAAGCUGGGAAGAAUAUGUCUAGACAUUUUGAAAGAUAAAUGGUCUCCAGCCUUGCAGAUCCGCACAGUCCUGCUGUCAAUCCAGGCAUUACUAAGUGCUCCCAAUCCUGACGAUCCUCUAGCAAAUGACGUUGCAGAGCAAUGGAAGUCCAAUGAAGCUCAAGCCAUAGAGACAGCCCGGACAUGGACCAGGCUUUACGCUCAGAACAACAUAGAAGUCUAGGCAGGUCGCAACAAGCGGAGAGAAACCGAACGUGAAGUCAGUGUGCACACACUCCUCAUGUCCUACCAAGACUACUUCUUCAUUUGCAUUUAAAGGACACCGUCUUGAAGAUAAAAAAAAUAUUAGAAAUAUAAAAACAACAUUUAAGGAACGUAUUACAAAACAGGAAAAAGACAAGUGAAUUAGAGAUUUAAAUGCACAUAAAAAGAGAGACCUGACUUGUCUUUGUCCUAAUUCACUACUGUUCAGAUGCAUGGGCAGCAAGGGUUUAGAUCUAACUCACCACCUGGCUUUAUGUUUCCAUUGAUUUGGAUUAAACUUCCAACCCCUGUUUAAACUAGCUUCAUGCAGAAAAGGAAAAAAAAA